AUGAACGAGAUAGACAAUGAGCAAGACUGCCAGGAACUGUUGCCGCCACCCCCCAUGGCCCACAUACAGGGUCAGGGCGCCCCAGCCGCAGGGGCCGCCCCCGUGGGCUCCCAGUACUGCGUGUGCAAGGUGGAGCUGUCUGUGAGUGGCCAGAACCUGCUGGACCGGGACGUCACCUCCAAGUCCGACCCCUUCUGCGUCCUCUUCACAGAGAACAAUGGCCGGUGGAUUGAGUACGACAGGACCGAAACUGCCAUCAACAACCUCAACCCCGCUUUCUCCAAGAAGUUCGUCCUCGACUACCACUUUGAGGAGGUGCAGAAGCUCAAGUUCGCCCUGUUCGACCAGGACAAGUCCAGCACACAGCUCGACGAGCACGAUUUCCUGGGCCAGUUCUCCUGCAACCUGGGCGUGAUCGUCUCCAACAAAAAGAUCACUCGGCCUCUGCUGCUGAUGAAUGACAAGCCUGCCGGGAAGGGCUUGAUUACG